CCUAACUUAAAAGUUUGUUUUGUUUUCUGAACGUGUGGCUGUUUCCCAAAUUGAAUUCCAAUUUAUCGUAAAAUCUCCACCGUAAUCACAAUGUCAGGCAAGGCAAGACUCUCCAAGACAAUCCUGGAGAUGAAAUUCAUGAAGAAGACAAAGGAAAAAGUCCUGAAAGCAGAAGAAUCUCAGGAAAGCUGUGCCAUGUAUUCAAGUGAGAUCACACAGAAGAUGCUGAGUGGAUCGAAUUUAAUCCCAGAACCCAGCUACGUACCUUGUGAGGAUCUUCUCAUUGGGCGAUUUAGUUUUGGUGGUAUGAAUCCGGAGCUUGAGCGACUUCUGCUUAAGGAAAAAGCCAGCCAGGUUAAUGAGGACUUUGAGAAGGAACAGGAAAUGAUUAAGGAUGUAUCAGAUGACAAGAUGGCCCUACAUUAUGGGAAAAUUCAUCAGACUAUCAGCAAUAAGUAUACCAAUCAGGGGAAGAAGUUCAAUAGAUCACGAGAUGGAAGAAUACAGAAGAAAUCCUUCAAUAAGGAUUCGAUAUUUAAAGGAAAGCAUACCUGAAUGACUUCAAAUUGAGAUAAAUUUAAUAAAUUAAGGCUUAAUAGAAGAA